UUGAUUUAAAAUAAAUGACCUUUGGGUAUGCUGUAUAACAUACACACAUGAAGUUCCUAUUUCUAUCAUCAACCCACUUUUUUGCUUUGCGCUUGUCAUUAGAAUUCUUUCAUUUAUAGUCACCAUCCAAAAAAAAAAAGAAGGUUUGAGACAAACCACGACCCUAUAAUCUUUCAUCUAUUUGGCAUUGUCAUGGUGACAAAUAUCCAAUCAAAGUUGUGAAAAAUAAAAAUAAAGGUACUCUGUGCGAGUAUUUUUUUAUUUUUUAUUUUUUUUUUAUUUUGUGUUUGCUCUCAGUCAUCUAUCUAAAUGAACAUGCUACGACCCAUGCGACUGUAUUAUAGUCAGGUGCGUUUGUACUCUAGUCAAACACUUGUUCAACUCCAACACGCCAACGUGUUUCGGUUUGGAGCAAAAGAACCUGUUUUCCAAGACCUUUCAUUUACCCUCAAGAAGGACGACCGACUGGUGAUUGUGGGUCCUGUCAGUGCUGGUAAAACCACACUAGCACAAACGAUUGCUGGUAAACACUCGAUUCAGCCAUUAUCAGCAGCCAAAUGGCCAAUUAUUGACCCUUCUGUGUCACCUUACGCAUCAGAUCAUGUUCACCUGGUAUCCUUCAAGGAAAACUCUGGACGCUUUUCGUACAAUAACCAUUAUUACCAAGAGAGAUUUAAUUUCAGUGACCCAGAUAACGAUGUGACUUUAAAAGACUAUUUAUCCACAGAUGAGGAUCCAUCCAGUGUAUCGGAAGUAGCUAAACAAUUGAAUAUCGAGGAAUUAUUACCUCUUUCAUUUGUAAAGUUAUCCAAUGGCCAAACUCGACGAGCAAGAAUUGCACGCGCUUUAUUAAAUAAGCCCAAAAUGCUUGUUUUAGACGAACCACUUAUGGGAUUAGAUGUUGAACAUCGGCAACACUUGCUGGAUGUAUUAGGAAAGCUUGUUAUACCUGUCGUUUUAGUGCUUCGACCUCAAGAUGAAUUUCCUAGUUGGGCUACAGACGUAAUGCAGUUACAAGAGAUGAAGAUUGUUUGGCAAGGACAACCCCAAGAUUAUCAAGAAAAACGAAACCAAUUAUUAACACAAAAGGAAGAAGAGAUGGAUGUGUAUGAAGCACCUGAUACCGACAAUAACGAAUCGAUUGUGGAGAUGAAGGAUAUCAAGGUGACUUACAGUGGACAUCCAGUAUUAGCGGGAAUCAACUGGACAAUUCGAAAGGGAGAACGAUGGGCACUGAUGGGACCAAACGGGUCAGGAAAGACAACAUUAUUAUCCCUUGUCACAGGUGAUCAUCCCCAGGCUUACGCCAACAACCUGUCCCUAUUUGGUCGUCAACGGGGUACGGGAGAAAGUAUCUGGGAAAUUAAGGAAAAGAUUGGAACGGUCAGUCCCGAAAUUCACCUUUAUUUUAAUCAGAAUUUGACAGCUUUGGAAGCGGCGGGUACAGGGUUCUUUGAUGUGGUUGUUCCCAGACCCAUCUCAGAGAGCCAAUCAGAAACCGUCUCUCAAUUAUUUAAGGAGUUUGACAUUCAACCUCUUUUGGAGCAGAAAUUACAACACAUGUCCACAGGUGAGCAACGUAUGGUACUUCUCGUACGUUCAUUAGUAAAGAUGCCAUCCUUGAUUAUUUGGGAUGAACCCUUUCAAGGUUUAGACGACACGAUGAUUACAAAAGUCAAUGAGUGGUUAGAAAAGCACAUGCGACCGGAUCAAACCUUGAUCAUGGUCACUCAUCAUGAACAGGAAAUCCCGCGUGCAGUCACCAAACGCUUUCAACUUUGAUGAUAAUAAAAAAAA